AUGUUGAUGCUGGCCGACCACAAGCCAUUCCACGUCGUGUGCGACGCGAGCGAAUUUGCAAUUGGCUGUGCGUUAAUGCAGUUUGACGACGAGGGACGCGAACGAGUGGGGAAUUACCAGCCGCGUCAACUGAAGCCAGCGGAACGCAACUACCCCGUUCACGACAACGAGCUGCUGGCCAUGCGUUACGCGCUCAUCAAGUUCCGCAUCACGCGUCGCUGCGGACAGCGACGAAUGCCCACAUCUGUCCCAGCGCAUGGCGCGCUGUCGCGUCGACCAAACUACGUGCAGUCGGGCCGCCAUGUAAUUGGUGACGAGGAUGACGAUGAAUGCGCUGUGUGCAUCGCAGAAGGUGCCGCUGCUGUGGAGGUCACAGCGACAAGUACGCUUCGAGAUUCGAUUACGUCCUCGUACGAGGCAGAUGCGUCAUUCUCUGAGAUGAUCAAGUACCUCAAAGACCCUUCAGACACGGCGCGUCGCCGGUUGACCUCAUGCAGUCGCGCUCGCAUCGACCGCUACACCCUGGACGGCAGUCUGUUGACCUACUGCAUCGAUCGCGCGGAUUCACCACGCGUGGUCGUCCCGCUGGACGACGAGCUUCGCGCGCGCCUGAUUCAAGAGUUUCAUGAUACCCCGAGCGGUGGGCUUCUCGGAUGCGAGAAAACCUCCGCGUCGUGGCCCGAGAUUUCUAUUAUCCCCACAUGUACAAGUGGGUCCGGAAGUGGGUGCGCUCGUAUGAAGCGUGCCAACGUGUGA